UUUCCCAGAAUGCAUUGCCAUCACCUUCCUCUUUGACCAGAUUUCAAAAUGGUUUACAAUCGUUUUGUCGAGAUCGGGCGCAUUGCGCUGGUAAAUUCGGGCCCUGAAGAAGGAAGGCUAUGUGUUAUCAUGGACAUUGUCGAUCAAAAUCGGGCGUUGGUUGAUGGCCCUUCUACAAAUGUUUCAAGGCAGGCACUGGCCUUCAAACACAUGUCUCUUACUGAUCUGAAGAUUAAAAUACCUCGAGGUGCCCGCAGUGGCGUCGUGAAAAAAGUCUUCGCCAGUGAGAAUGUGUCAGAAAAGUGGGAAAAGACGGCCUGGGCCAAGAAGUUGGCUGCAAGGAAAAAGAAGGCGUCAAUGACAGAUUUUGAUAGGUUCAAGUUGAAAUUGGCCAAGCAAAGGAAAUCAAGAAUCUUGAAAGCUGAGGUAAAGAAGUUGAAACAAGAAUCUAAAUAAACCUGUUAUUUCCUGGAAAAUAAAAUUGAUAACACUUGA